AUGGCUCAUUUCGAAAGAGCUAGCAGCAACAAUAGUGAUAAACUAAGCAGUGCUGCUGUGAGGGCGUCAACGACCACUCCUAAGCCCAAUACCAGUAAGAAACUGAGCAUAGAAACACCCACCGCUGGACACAAUACGCAGGAACCCAGCUCAGCAAAGAAGCAGACCCGUGUGGCCAUUGUGGUGCCGUUUCGAAACCGCCUUGAACAGCUGCAGCAGUUUCCUCCCCUAAUUCACAAGUUUCUGUCCAGGCAGAAUAUUCAGUUCAAAGUGUUAGUAAUUGAACAGCUUGGAAAGGCCAAUUUUAACCGUGGAGCGUUGCUGAACAUUGGCUUCAUUGAAGCUAACUCUGGACGAGAUCGGGAGGACAAGUUUGACUGCAUGAGCAUACAUGACAUUGACCUUAUCCCACAGGAACUGAACAACACGUAUGACUGCAAGGAACCGCCGGUGCGGAAGGUGUGGCAGCUGAGCUCCGCCAUUGAUGUGUACGACUGGGACUUGCCCGAAGCUGCAGACGGUGGUGUGAACCUGCUGCAGUCGGACGUAUAUCGCCAGGCCAAUGGCUUCAACAACCGUUUCUAUGGCUGGGGUGGUGAGGACAAUGAUCUAAAGCUGAGACUUGUAGCUAUAGGGACGGAUUUUGUGCGCCGCAACCGGACACUUGGUCGCUAUGUGGCCAUGAAGAAGGGAAAUAUUAAGUCCAAAGCGAAAUCCACCAACCGCUUUGAAUUACUAUCCUUGUACAGAAAUUUUGUUUCCGAGGGACUGACAACAGUUAAGUACCGAGUGCUGAAGCGUAAUGUGCAGCCAACUUAUACAUUAAUUUCUGUUGACAUGUGGCUCACUGAGGAUCCAGAUAGGUACUCUGAUAGAGGGAGGAACGUACGUACGUCAUAA